UGAUCUAAAUGAGAUAUAAUAAUUUUGUUUAAGAUAACGGAUUCAGAGGUUAAAUCUAAAUUUUAGUUUUUACUAUUUAAAAUGGUUGGAUUAAAAAUUCUAUAUGUUUAUAUAACUGGAUUUACAGUUUAUUUACAUGCUGGCACUGUUGAGAGAAUAUAUAUACGUGAGAACAAACCAGCUCUGAAAGGUAGUAAUAUACAGCUCGUGUGUGAGAUAUCACAGUUUAGUAAGUCUGAUACGUUAUAUGUCUACAAGAGCGACUCUCGUCUUCCUUCCUCAUUUCCUGAUAUCCGGCCAAUGACUAUCUGUUUCUCCGAAUCAUUCUGUAUGACAAACAGUAUUGGCAGAUACACAUUCAGUGCUGACAAGAUUAAUGUCUACAUCAACAUAACCAGUGUAAACAGAUCGGAGGAUCAGAAAUGGUGGACAUGUUCUAUUGAGAAUCAGAGAAAGGAUAUGUUGGUUAAUGUCAUAACUGUACCAGUAUCACUCCAGUAUGAAAACCCUCCGAGCCAGGUUCAAGAUUUAGCACAGAAUGCUGUUCAACUUAAAUGUAGUACCGGGUGUUCCUAUCCGCAACCAUCAUUAACUUGGUAUUAUUCUGAGUCAGGAAGUGAUUCCCUUCAAGUCUGGUCAACACCAGGAUCUGCGUCUGAUACAACAACAGGAUGUUCUGACUCUGAGAGAAAAUAUUCUUCAAUUUUAUCUCUUCCAAGAUAUACAACAUUCCCUGGUAACGUAAAGAAAACUGUCCAGUUAAAAUGCAGCAUUUUAUCAUUUACUGGAAUGUCUGAACAACUACACACAGAUUUCACAACUGAAAUUCAAUGUGCCGAACGGACAAACGUAAAAUCGUUUUAUAUUGGACAGAAUGAAAGUCAAACGGUGGCGACAUUAGAGGAACAUGAUGUGAACAUUCCGCUUACUUGCAUUGUAACUGGAAUAUCUGCCAAAGAACUUUAUAUCAUAUUUAACGGGGACAUUAUUGCAAGACAGUCUAACACAAAUAAAUUAGAAUACAAUGUUCAAGACGUAACUUGUACUAAAGGCGGCAUUUAUAUCUGCAAAGCAGUUGAUAAUUUCGGUGCCUCAACAAACAAAACUGCUACGCUAUUUGUAGAAUGUUCUCCACGGCCAGUUCGACAAGUUCUUCACAAUAUAACGAGUCAGGUCGGUGAAUCCGUAACACUUUCAUUCAUGGUUAUAGCUUAUCCUAAACCUGGACCUAAAGGAUUUUCAUGGUCCAUGGAAGAUCGACUUAAUUGGGUUUCUUUACUGAGUAACGAAGAUCUUCAAAUUUCAUCAUCUGAUUUGGAGACAAAUCUAACAAUCUCAAAUGUAUCUCGUGAACAGUUUGGAAAAUAUCGUGUAACUACUAUUAACAGAAUCGGUUCAUACGACCAGAUAUUGUUCCUCUCAGAGAAAGAUUUCAGACCUGACACAUGCAAUAAGUACAAUGAAGAGAAAUGCUCCUUUACAACUACAAUAGUUCUCGGAAUAGUAUGUGUUGUUCUGGUUGGCUAUGGUACUGGUGUAUCCAUAUUGUACAAAAGAAAUACCAAUAAGAAAGGUACAACAACAAAUGCAAGAUAUGGAUUCAGAACUGGAAAUGACAAUAUAGGAAAUACUACAAAUGUAACAGAGGAACAAGAUUAUGAAAAUAAUGUUGCAGAAGCUGACGAGGACACUUCUAAACAAUAUACUGAGCUGACACAUUAUUCAAACGAUGCCGCCACAUAUGAACCGUUACGUGUUUAGAUAAGAUGUUUGUAACUUAUUUUAAUCUCUGUGUUAAAAUGUAUGUACGAAAGUGACGUAAACUGUUCACAUAAAGUAAAUAAUUUCUAAUGCAAACUGAAAUAUUUGAUACAUCCAACAUCGCAAUGGUUUGAAUAUAUAAUGAAGAAUAAGUUCUGAUGUAUACUUCUCUGUAUUGUCAAAGACUUGAUAAGUCACCUUACCUUUCAGAAGAAAGAGUACGAAUUCAGUAUAUGAAUACACAAAUGAUAUAUACUUGUAACUGUACGCGCACGAGAGACCGAUUGGUACAAUUCAACUUCAUAAAUACCCGAUUAAUUUUCGUAAUUUCAUAAUUUUAACUUCGUUAAUUCCCGUUUCAACAUACGGAAUACACGAAUUCUCCAUUUCAGCUUCAUGAAUUCACGAAGUUGAAUCCGUGAUGUUGAAAUCGUGAAUUCAUGAUGUUGAAAUACGGAAUUCAUUAAGUUGAAAUCGUGGAUUCUUGAACAUGAAAAUGUGAAUUUACAAAGAUGAAGUCUGGAAUUCAUGAAAUUGAAAUGUCCUCACCGGUCUUUCGUAUCAUUCUCCCGAGUUCAUCUGUUUUCCACUGAGUUUUGUUUUACGUUCAUGCUAUUUAAUUGAUUAUCUUUGAAAUAUGCUCUCCUUGUUUAGCAAAUAUAUGUAUCAUAUCAAUUAAUAAUAUAUGUAUUUCAUAAAAUAUUUAUGCAUGUA